AUGGCCAGCACCCCAUCAAUGCGUGAUGCACUGAUUCACAAAGGAGAGUUCAGAGCAAGGGUGCAGAUGACACGGGGCCAGGGCCCUGGUUUACAUUCCCAGGGAAGCGAAUGUGACUUUUUCCUGUCCAACUGUGUAGUCGGUGCCUCGCUGGAAGAAGUCACCGAGGAGGAAGAGGAAGACGAUGAAAGCAAGUCAGCGAUGCCCGACACCGCCUCAUCCAGGAUGAAGGAGGGCACCUUCCAGGUCGUGGGCACGCUUUCUGCACCCGGAAAGCCUGAGCCCGACUUCGCCCUGGAGACUUACUCCGACAUACCUCGAGAAGAACUUCUCAUGCGCCUGCUGGAGUGUGAUGUUAUUAUUUAUAACAUCACUGAGAGCCCGCAGCAAGUGGAGGAAGCCCUCUGGGCAGUCUCUGCACUGAAUGAAGAAGUGAGUCACUUUGAGAAGCGAAAGCUGUUUAUUUUGGUUUCCACGGUGAUGACCUGGGCGCGAUCCAAACCCCUGGACCCUGAGGACUCGGAGAUUCCUUUUACUGAAGAGGAUUACCGAAGAAGAAAGAACCAUCCUAACUUUGUGGACCACAUAAACGCGGAGAAGAUGGUUCUCAAAUUUGGGAAAAAUGUAAAAAAAUUCGCGACUUACGUAAUUGCUGCUGGGCUUCAGUAUGGAGUGGAAGGAGGCAUCCUGCAUUAUUUUUUUAAGUUGGCUUGGCUGGGCGAGGUCCCUGCACUACCAGUUUUUGGAGACGGAUCAAACGUAAUUCCAGCAAUUCACGUCCUUGACCUAGCGGGCGUGAUCCAGAACGUGAUAGACCACGUGCCGAAGCCCCACUACCUGGUGGCCGUGGACGAGUCCGUCCACACCCUGGAAGACUUCGUCAAGUGCAUCAGUAAGCACACCGGCCCCGGGAAAAUCCAGAAAGUCCUCAAAGAAAACGCUUUCCUAACCAAGGAAUUGACACAAGAGAACAUUGACCACCUCCUGGUGAACCUGAGGAUGGAAGGCCUCCACGUGAAGGAGAAUUUCAACAUUCGCUGGGUCGCCCAGGCGGGAUUUGUGGAAAAUAUCAACAGCAUCCUCAAAGAGUACAAGCAGAGCAGAGGACUGCUGCCCAUUAAGAUCUGCAUCCUCGGUCCUCCUGCCGUGGGGAAGUCCAGCAUCGCCACGGUCCUGACCAAGUACUACAAGCUCCAUCACGUUAAGAUGAAGGACGUCAUUUCCGAAGCCAUCGCAAAGCUGGAGGCCCUGGUGGCGCCCAAGUUCGGCGAGGAAGAAGACGACGGCGAGGAAGAGGAGGACGACGAGACCUCGGAGGACGCGCAGGAGCUGCUGGACGGCAUCAAGGAGAGCAUGGAGCAGAACGCAGGUCGCCUGGAAGAUCAGUAUGUCAUUCGAUUUGUGAAAGAAAAGCUAAAAUCUAUGCCUUGCAGGAAUCAAGGCUACAUUUUGGAUGGAUUCCCAAAGACCUACGACCAAGCCAAGGACCUGUUCAGCAAGGACGAGGAGGAAGAGGAGGAGGAAGUCAAAGGCAAGAUGUUUCCCUUCGACAAAGUAACCAUCCCUGAAUUCGUCUGUGCGCUGGACGCCUCGGACGAGUUCCUGAAGUGUCGGGUGAUGAACCUCCCCGAGAGCGUGGUGGCCGAGACCCACUACAGCCAGGACCGCUUCCUCCGGAGCCUGAGCAACUACCGGGACAUCAAUACCGAAGACGAGACGGUCUUCAACUAUUUUGAUGAGCUUGAAAUCCACCUGAUACAUAUCGACGUAGGACGGCUCGAAGACGCUCAGAACAGGCUCGCUAUCAAGCAGCUCAUCAAGGAGAUUGGGGAGCCUCGGAAUUACGGCUUAACAGAGGAGGAAAAGGCCGAAGAGGAGCGGAAGGCUGCUGAGGGCCGCCUGGCCAAGGAGGCGAUGGAGGAGGCCGAGCGGGAGCACCGGGAGGCCUUGGAGACGGCGGAGAAGAUCGCGCGCUGGGAGGAGUGGAAUAAACGACUAGAGGAAGUGAAAAAAGAAGAAAGAGAAUUACUAGAGGCUCAGUCUGCCCCCCUGAGGAACUACCUGAUGACCUAUGUCAUGCCAACGCUCAUGCAGGGCCUCAAUGAGUGCUGCAAGGUCAGGCCAGAGGAUCCUGUUGAUUUUCUGGCAGAGUAUCUCUUCAAGAACAAUCCUGUGACACAGUGAACUGGAAGGACCUCGUGCCAUAACCCUUCACAGAGCCAGAGAUGACUUUGAUGUAAUUUCAAAAAUGGCUUUGAAAUCUGCUUUCCCAGUUUUUGGAAAAUUUUUUUCCCCCUGCAUGCAAAUAUUUCAUUAAGUAAAAUCAUUAUAAAAAGCUACAUGGCAACUUCAUCAAAACUGUAUUUGAAAGGUAAAUUUGAUAAGGUAUCUGCAACAAAUAUUUACUAUUUCAUUCUUAGUCUAAGUAGUCUGCAUACUGAUGUUUCUAGUAAUUUAUAGUAUGGGGAAAAUCAGACUAUAUAUUAUUUGAACAUGUAGGCUAAUGAAUUUACACCAUUAGUUAUGGCCCAAAUACCAGUGGUAUUAGAAACAGAAAUAAUUUAGGAUGAUUUAUGCUUUGCUGAGUCACAGUUAGAUGUGAUUUGUUUCCACAAGGCUGCUUUUCUAGUUCAGGGUGAGUGGUCCAACCAAUGAGUCAGAGAGCCUUAGGAACUUCUUGGUAGAAAAACUCAUGUAACAGAAGGAAUACUUCUAGUAUUUGCGACAUUAGAAAGUUGCCGAAUAUUUUUAACAAACUAUAAUAUAGGCAUAAGUGAUCAAUCCCUAUGGUCUCAUCCAGCUCUAAAUGUCCUCUAAGUCCCAGAAAUACACAGAAUGAGAAAUACGUUUAGGUUUAAUGGUGUAUCUAUUUCACCCCUUUAGAUAAUGUAAUCUGAAUAUAACCACUAUUUGUUUAUUGUGGUAAAAUACAUACAACGUAAAAUGUGUCAUAACCAUGUAAAGUGUACAGUUCAGAGGCACUAAGUCCAUUCAGUGUUGCUCACUCACCACCAUCUGGCUCCAGAACUUUUCAUCCCCCAAUGGAAACCAUGUACCCAUUAAGCAGUCACUCCCUUUCAUCCCCUCCCCCCAGCUCUGAGCAACCACUGAUCCAUCUCUGUGGGUUUCUUUAUUCUGGAUAUUGUAUUUAAACAGAAUCAUACAUGUG